AUGGCGACUGGCAGCAUUCCGCUCGAGGCCUUGGGUCCUCCUCCGGAAUAUGAAAACAGACUCAAGAGGGGCGUGAUGGGGCCUAUUCAUAAUCAUUACUAUACUCAUGACAGGGAACUUCCUUGGUACCGUCGAAAACGUGUCUUUUACCCCGCGGCAGGCCUCUUGGUGCUCAUCGUAAUCACCUGCGCCGUCGUUGUUGGGGUGGUGCUCAAGUUGGAGUCUGCCAGGAAAUCCGACACGAUGGAAGGCGACGAUAUCUCAUCGACAAUGGCGCCGCUUAGUCGAACAGGGCCGAUAUCUCUCGGUGCGUCGGCCGCUACCAGCCGUGGCUCGACGGCGCUCGCAUCGACCGCUGCGCUAUCAACACGCAGCACGGGACACGUUCCCACGCCGACUGCUGCAGAGGCCCGAGAGACGGCUACGCCAUUCACCAUGUCGGACAAGUCUCAGCUCGCGUCGCUCCUCGUCGGAGAGGGAGGCUCUGGUCAGGAGCGCAGACUGCUGGUCCUGCAAGAAGACACUGGCCAUCUUUACAUUACCGAAUGGACAAGCAGGACAGUCAACCACUUUAGAAUACACGAGAAACUUGGAACAUCGGCCCCGGAGCCCAAGCCAGGCACGCCUCUCGCCAUGGAGACCGACCAAACAGGGCUGGUGCACUUGUUUUACCUGAGCCAGACCAAUCUCAUCUCUCAGGUGUCCGAGACGGAAGCGGGAAGAUGGAAAGCAGCGGAAGUGACGGACGAGCGCGGCAGCAUUCGAACAUCCUCAUGUUCGGGUCUGUCGACGACAUGGCACAGAGGGAAGACGGGACCGGAUUUGCUUGUUUUGGCCUUUGACAAUCCCUCGCAGGAGCUGCAGCUCGCCGUAGCAGAGAGCCCGGCGGACCGAGGCGCUUGGUUCACGGCCAAUGUCACGUCUGUCUUGAUGGACUCGGUGCCCGGUCAGUCCAACAUGCCCUGCUACGCACUCGCGGGCGACUGGUAUGACAAGAGGCCGGUGACCAAGGGCGAGGCGUCGCCCCGUAUUCUGAUUGGGGUCGUGGAGGAAAACGAGGUGGUGCCCUGGGACUGCACGAUUGACUUUUGGCCACCGCCGGACGUUCAGGUUCGGUGUGGCAAGACCGAGAGGGCCUUUGCCGACACAAAAGGCGACGGACUUGCUCUGAGCCCGGUGCCCAGGCAACUCUUGUGGCUCCGUAACUCGCGACGACACGACGGGCAGGACGACUCGGCGGAUGAACACGACUUCAUUCUCUUGUCUGCCGACGGCUCGAAUCUCGUUCGCGAAAACUUGAUCGGGAGCGGCAACGCACGGGAUACAAGUUCAGGCUUUGCAGCAGCGUCUCCAAUCACCGCCAUGUCCGCGACAUCGGACGGAUUGGUGUUUUUAUCUUUGGGGCGGGAACUGCAGCUGUAUAAAAAGUCAGGCUCCAGGUGGGAAAAUACCCGGCUGCAAGGAUUGCAUGACGGCCUCAACGGAUGA